AUGUCCGACGAGGAGACUCCCAAUGUCAAUAAGGGCAAGCAGUCAACAGGUGACCGUACCGAUUCGUCGCCUCAAACCCUGUCACAACCGCCAGAUGUUACCGUGAGCGACGAACGCGCUGCUGAAAGCUCGCCCAACACAGGCGCCCCAUCAAUACCUGAUGAAGAUGGCGACGAAAGUGAGGAGGAAGAGGACGAUGAAGACGACGACGAAGAAGAUGAGGACGAUGAUGAGGAAGAGGAGGAACCGCGGUUGAAAUAUACUCGUUUGACCCAGAAUCUGGGUGCUGUGUACAAAAAUGGUGAUGCCACGAGUUCGUUUCUUGUUGCAGGCGACAAAAUGAUCAUCGGCACACAUAGCGGAAACAUUCAUGUUGUGCAAUUGCCUUCUUUUCAAACUCUGCUCGUAUACCAUGCUCAUUCGGCAUCUGUUACUUCGGUCUCGAUUUCACCGUGUCCUCCUCCAGUUUCAUCCCUCAAGCCAGAUGCUCUUAAAGCGGUGCCACAGAACAGCGAAGCCGCCAGCUUGCGCCGGCCAGCUUCAAAACAUACAGAGGCGUCUCCUGCCGCAGCGUCGAGGAAACCGAGAGAAACCCCUCCAGUUCCGAAUAUGCCAUCGAACCAUAUUCAUAUCGCUACUUCAUCCAUGGAUGGGAACGUGUGUAUACAGUCACUCAUGGAGAGAAGGGAUGUACAACUCCGAAACUUUGCGCGACCGGUUCAGGCAGUGGCACUAUCCCCCGAGUACAAAAGCGACAAGACGUAUCUGUCAGGGGGCCUUGCUGGGAGCUUAAUCCUCACUGUUGGUGGACAGACCGGAAAGAGCAAUUCCACGACGAUAGGUACAGCUGCAGCUACAGCAUCCAGCUGGCUAGGUUCGAUAGGUCUUGCGGGUAAUGCGGGCAAGGAUACCGUGCUUCAUUCGGGAGAGGGGACCAUCAGCACCAUCAAAUGGUCACUUUCUGGCAAAUACGUUGCCUGGUUGAACGAACACGGCAUCAAGAUCAUGAGAUCCAAGAUCAAACUGGAUAGCGCAGAUGCAGACGACGCCUGGAAGCGCAUCGGGCACAUUGAUCGGCCACAAUCCUCAGAAUGGGAUGCCAUGGCGAGCGCAUGGAAAGGACGAGCUGAAUGGAUGGAUGAGCAGGCCGUCGAGAUGGAUGACAGCGUGGACGCAACUUUAGUCAGCGAGAGUAGAAACGACCAAACCUCAUCAGGUGCUCUAUCGCCAGCAGCAGCGAAGUUGAAACAACAACAGUCGAAGCAUGACAAGACUAUCGAGAAGCUAGUGGUCGGCUGGGGAGGCACGAUCUGGGUGAUUCAUGUUCACCCUGGAGGAAUGGGCGUGGGGAAGAACGCGGGCGAAAAGUCCGUGGGCAGGGCUGAAAUACAUCAAAAACUUCGCAUGGACUGCAUCAUUUCUGGAAUUUCUUUAUAUACCCAAAGUCUUUUGCUGAUUCUCGCAUACUGCCUACCGGAGGACGAGGAUGAAGAUGAAGAUGAAAAUGACGAUGGGGAGAAGACACCAACGCAAUCCCGAGGUCACCGUUCACAACCAUCGGCUGCCUCAAAUAGCAGUGAGCCGUCGGGGGGGAUAAGACGCAGGCAAAACAAUCAACCCCCAGAGCUGAGGCUUAUCGACUUGAAAUCGCAAUCAGAGAUAUACAAGGACGGUCUCAGCAUCAGUCGAUAUGAGCGACUUUCGGCGAGCGACUACCAUCUAGGAGUAUUGCCGGCACAAAAUCAGGAAGCCGUUGCCUCAUCCAAGAGUGCAUUGGAAGCACUGGCAGGGUUUGGGACAGAUAUGUGGAACGCUGCCAUUAACCCCAAAAUGUUGUUCAGCUCCGGAGCAAGCAUACGGAGUGGUCACAGCAAUGACGCAACCUCAGGCUCAAAGGUCAGCGUGGCGGGCAGUAGUAUCAGAGCUCCCUUCAAACUGCAGACUCAGGCAGUACAUCCUUCGCUCGAAACUCCUGGUCCCAAAAUAUUUAUGCACAGUCCGUACGACUGUGUCUUGGCGACCAAAAGAGACCUGGGAGACCAUCUCAUAUGGCUCGUGGAGCACCAGGAAUACCAAGCCGCAUGGGAGCUACUUGACGAACAUCCCGAGAUCAUGGCUGCUUCCUCGAGCGCCUCUGAUCUGGUUGCCACACCCACCGCCGAGAGGUCAACCCAAGUCUCGGAUGACUUAUUUGACGAUACUACGUCUACCGUAGAUGCGGCGAGCCGAGCGUUUAAUUCUUCAGUAGCCAGGGAAAAAAGAAGGAUUGGCGAACUAUGGUUGCAAGAUCUCAUCGAGGAUAACGACUGGGUCAAAGCCGGCCAAAUUGCAGCCAAAGUUCUCGGAAGCUCUGAACGCUGGGAGAAGUGGAUAUGGACAUUUGCAGGGGCCGAUAAGUUUGACGAGAUAGUCAACUACGUACCGACCGAACCAAUGCGUCCGCCCAUAGAUGGUUCCGUCUACGAGGUCAUGCUCGGCCACUACCUGAGAGAAGACAAGCCUCGCUUCCGGGAAUUGCUGGAUCGCUGGCCUGUGGAGCUGUUUGAUGCCAACACCAUUGCGACAACUUUGGAAAACCAACUCAAAUACCGCGACGUGAGGGAGGAUAGUGUCGAAGACGGAGAGAAAGGACGUGACUGGCGAAUUGUCAUGGAGAGCCUAGCUCGACUCCAUGAAGCCAAUGGGCGUCUGCGGGAAGCACUGAAAUGCAACAUCCGGCUCCAGGAUGCAGAAAAUGCAUUCCGUCUCAUCAGGGAAGGCCAUCUUGCUGAUGCGGUCGUUGACGACAUUCCUAGCUUCAUCUUGCUGCGCUUACCCUCGGGUAUGGAGACAAAAAUGAGCCUCGAAGAGGUGGAAGCGGCAACUUCUGAAGCUAUCACGUUGCUAGUUGAUGAGGCACAAAAUGGCUUGGUUAAGCCCGAGGUUGUAGUUUCGCAGCUGCAAGGGCGGGAGAAUCUGCACGCCUAUCUCUUCUUCUACAUUCGUGGCUUGUGGACCGGCCAAGGAGUUGCUCCUCACCGACAAGAGGGUGCGACCGAGGCCCGCGAACGAAUGCUUGACGAUAGCAGGUCGCUUGUCGACGAUUUCGCAGACCUUGCUGUGCAGAUGUUUGCGACGUAUGAUCGGUCAUUACUGAUGGAGUUUCUUGAGCACUCACUAUCCUACUCGUUUGAGAAGGCAGAAAAAGUAUGUGAGGAGCACAAUUUCAUCCCUGAAUUGGUGUAUCUGUACGCAAAGACGGGUCAAAUGAAGCGAGCACUAUAUCUGAUCAUUGACCGGCUCGCCGACGUCAGCCGUGCAAUCGCUUUUGCCAAGACACAAGACGAUCCAGACUUGUGGGAGGACCUACUCAACUACAGUAUGGACAAGCCGCGAUUUAUCAGGGCGCUGUUGGAAGAGGUCGGGACGGCCAUUGACCCUAUCACACUUGUACGACGGAUCCCUGAGGGCUUGGAGAUUCCAGGCUUGCGGGAAGGCUUAACGCACAUCAUGAAGGAGCACGAGAUACAGCACAGCAUUUCAUCAGGAGUCGCCCGCGUCCUGCGCUCCGAAGUCUCUGGGGCUCAAGCUACGCUGCGGAGUGGUCAGCGCCGCGGCGUCAAAUUCGAAGUCGCGCCCCCCGGCCAAACACAAAUGGACGCGAACACAACGAGGCGCAGCGGGAACGACGUAGCAGACGCAGCAGCAGCGGCUCUAGACAAGGCUUUGGCAUCUGCACAAGGUUCCGCGCCAGUUACAGAUGCUGAUGCAUCUGGGGCGGUGGCCAAGGUACCCAAAUCGUGGACUCCUGGACACUGCCCGAAGUGCCUAGAGGCCUUCAACGAGUGGGAUAUGGAAACACUUGUUGGUUUUGCGUGUGGACAUGUCUUCCACCUCUCACACUUGUUGGAGACGAUAAAUCCAGACCAGCCGAAUGGCGGAAGCGAGGGGCUGCUCAAUGGAGAUUCUUUCCGGGCAACAGAGACCGUUGGCGGGCGACUUCACGUCAGAUCCAAGGUCACGCAUGCCAGGCUGUUGAAGGACAAGAUACAGGGGGGAUGCCCAAUGUGUCCUCGUGAUAGGAGUAAGGAAAUGUAA